AUGACACUUCAAACAAUUCUAGCUCCUGCUAGCAAUGGCAACCCAGAUUUUGAGAUUGUGUCGAAACCCUUGAUCGAAACCACAAAAAUGAAACAAGCCAAUAUCAGUGCAGGCCUAACAGCCCUUUUCGAGGAGAAUACUCUGGCAAAGAUCAUUGGCCCUGCUGAAUGGUAUCUUGAAAACAAUAGACCUCCUACCAAAUUCCCAGAAACAGUUCCUCAAACCGGAUUGAGCAAGGGUGUGUAUCGAUGCCGGGAUGCAGAAUUCUGGACAUGCGGAUUCUUUCCAGGCAGCCUCUACUGCCUCCUCGAACGAAUGAGGAGAUAUCCGGAGUCUAGUAUCGCCAAGGUCCUAGGUCCGUCAAGCCUCAAGAAUUUUCAGUUUCGAUUGGUAUCCCACCUGACAGAUCUAUGUGAGGAAUGGACCGCACCCAUUUACGCCAUGGCUGCCAGAACGGACACCCACGAUCUGGGAUUUAUUGUACAGCCUGCCCUUCAAAGAGACUGGGAACUGUUUGGUAACCAAAAAAGUCUAAGUGCGCUUCUUCAAGCUGCCACUAGUCUUGCUACACGAUAUGACGAGCGAGUCCAAGCCAUCCGAAGCUGGGAUAGUUUUUCAAACGCGCAUCACAACAUCUCUAGCAUGGAAGACGACUUUUUGGUCAUUAUUGACAGCCUAUGCAAUCUUGAUCUUCUUUUCUACGCCGGGAACUAUACCCAGAACUACCGGCUCAUGUCCAUUGCAUCCACACAUGCCACCACCCUGCUCGACACACAUAUUCGGAAGGAAUCUGUUCCAGGACGAGGGCCUUGUUAUUCAACCUAUCAUGCCGUAAACUUCUCACCACCCGGCGGCGGGAUUGUAAAGGAGAAGCUCACGGCGCAAGGAUACUCCGACAACUCGACUUGGGCGCGAGGACAAUCCUGGGCAAUCCUGGGAUAUGCCCAAACGUUCUGCUGGACGAAAGAUCGAAAGUUUCUAGAUGCUGCAAUGGGACUGGCUAACUAUUUCAUUUUCCGCCUGGAAUCAUCCCCCAAUGUCGUCGACGAAGAAGGUCGGGGGCGUUACGUUCCACUUUGGGAUUUUGAUGCGCCUAUCACCUACACAAAUGUCGGCGAAGAAAAGGCUCCAUUGAGAGAUGUGUCUGCUGCAAUGAUUGCUGCGAAUGGCAUGGUUCUCCUGUAUGGCCAGCUUGUGGCCAUUGGUAAACACGAGGCUGCAAGGGAAUAUUUGGAUUACGCUUUGGCUAUCACGCGCGAUACAAUUGCUUUGGCAUAUAACCGUGACGAAAUGUGCUUCGGGUUUGAUCGAACCAGCGGCAAUUUUCGGGUUAAUCUUACCAAUGGUAGUAGAUUUGAUGCCAUUCUGGAAAGAUCGACGGCCAACUUCAACGAGAAUCAUGCGGAUCGGCAUUGGGACCAUGGCCUAGUCUACGCAGAUUAUUACUUUUUAGAGCUUGGGAAUCGCCUUCUAGACAUGAGAUUGAUUUAG